AUGGAUGAUACAAUAGCACAUGAACAAUCAGUUGUUGAUAAUAUUAAUAAAAAUGAUGAAGCACAAUAUGUCGAUUGUAUACGAUUAGUUGAAGGUGGUCAUAUUCGACGUUUUGAAAAUAUAGUAUCAAAGUUUGAUAUUGUUCAAUAUGAAUUAAAUGAUGAAAAUGAUGGACCAAGUAAACCAUUGAUUUUUUAUGUGAUUGAACAUAAUGAUGAAACAUUUCUUAAAGUUUUACUUGAAAUGGAAAUACCAUUGAAUAAAUCAUACUCAGUAAGUAGAAUAUAUUAG